AUUUUUCCCGGUGUAUGGUUGUAGUUCCAUUUAUAUUCAAAGCUAGACCUACCCAUAUCAUCUUUUAUGAGCUUCUCCAUUUUUCAUCAGCCGGAAAUGAAGAAUUCUCAGAGAACUGGAGUAAGGCAGUACAACAAAUCGGAGUUCCCGCGUUUGCGGUGGACGCCUGAGCUCCACGAUCACUUUGUUGAAGUUGUUGAACGUCUCGGUGGGAAAUACAGAGCGACGCCCAAGAGGAUUCUGCAGAUGAUGAGUGUGAAGGGACUGAAGAUAUCUCAUGUCAAAAGCCAUCUUCAGAUGUACAGAAACAUGAAAGGUUGCAGUAACAUCAAUAUCCUUGUACCCAUGAAGCAUUUGUGUGAAGAGAGAGCAAAUUUUAAUGCUAAUGGAUUCUUCCCCAUUAGCUCAUCUCAGAGGCUAACAGCAAGGAAUGAGUUAAGAGAAUGGGAACUUGACAGGAGGGGCUUUGAACCCAACUUCUUUCAUGAAGAAAGUGAUGGCCUCCAAAUAAUGGAAGAAACUGGUGAUUACGAGCAACAGGACACGCAGACAAGCUUACUCAGUGGAAUGUCGAAGGAAGAAGAUGUUGGACCAAAAGAAAUUUGUGAACUCUCCUUAUCAUUCGCGACCUCGCCAUUGAUGCGAAGCAAAGAAGACCAAGAGUCAUGGCCUCUCAACAAUAUUGAUCACACUCGCCACUCGAAUGCAACAGCAAGGAACUUCAUAAACAUUCCCCAUUUUCAAUCGCUCAGAGAGAAUCGCUUAAACCUAGACUUAACCAUCUCUACAUGUUUCUCCCACUCAAAUUAGAAAUAGAAUUUUGGCUUCUUAUAUUAGAUUUGUGUUGAUUGAUAUCCUUCAAUUAUGUUAAUAAGAAUUAAUAUGCAUUUAUUAGUACUAUAAGAAUAUGAGUACAAAACAUAUAUCUACCGUACCCUAGACGUUAAAAAUUAUUAAUUUUUUUUUUA